GAAGACUGAACAGCACGCUGCACAGGAUCGUCACACACGCUGACAUUUGCUGAAGAAGAACAUCAACCGUUUUUAUAACUACAAAACUUCAUUUUUAUAAAAAAGUAAUAAACGAAUAGGGUAAAGCAAAUGUUUUCUCCCUGCAGCCGGGGGCUUUAGGAAACUGCAAGGAAGUCAUCAUGUGAAAAAAAAAAUUGUUAAACAGACAAAAGGGCUGGAUUACAAGAAAAAGAGCGAAAGUUAAAAGGGCGUGAGCGGAAUGUCCGUGGAUGAGAAGCCUGAAGCCCCCAUGUACGUGUAUGAGUCAACGGUUCAUUGUACCAAUAUCCUCCUGUGCCUGAACGACCAGCGGAAGCAGGAUAUCCUGUGCGAUGUGACUGUCCUGGUGGAGGGCAAGGAGUUCCGCGGCCACCGGGCCGUGCUGGCCGCCUGCUCAGAAUACUUCUUGCAGGCUCUGGUGGGACAGGCCGAGAAUGGCUUGGUCCUCAGCCUACCUGAGGAGGUCACUGCCAGGGGAUUCGCCCCAUUGUUGCAGUUUGCCUACACUGCUAAGCUGUUACUCAGCAGAGAAAACAUCCAGGAGGUCAUCCGCUGUGCCGAAUUCCUGCGCAUGCACAACCUGGAGGACUCGUGCUUUCGCUUCCUGGAGGCCCAGCUCCGCAGCGAGGAGGAUGGCCUGCUGCUGUGCCACAAGGUGGUGCCGGCCGAGGGCAACCACGAGACCGAGGAUGAGAACAUGCAGUCUGAGACGACAACAAAGGUCGCCUCACCCCGGCGCGCUGAAGCCCUUUCCUCCUUACGGCACGCCCCGGACAAGGACCGGCUACCCGUGGCAGUGCCCAGUGACUUCAGCGAUGGACGACUGGACUUCGACAUGCACGGAGCAUCCGACCUCCCCCGCUGUCCCAAAUACAGGAGGUACCAGUGGGCCUGCAACAAGCACAAUAACGACACCAGUACCUCAGGUUUACCAAGCACAUUAUUAUUAAAGGAGACCAGUGGCGGCAUCAGCGGCAGGGCAGUCCGGGGCCAGAGCAGGUCGCCGGUGGCAGACAUCAAAGUGGAGCCGCGGGCAGAGGAAGAGGCCAUCUCGCUGUGCCUGUCGGGGGACGAGCAGGACGGCCUGGACAAGGAGACAGGCAUGGAGAUGGACAGUGUCCCAGUGUUGUCCGCCUCCUCCGCCAAGAGGAGCAAGUCCCCCACCUGCCUCCGCACCUUCUUCAAGAAAGGAGCGGACCUGCCGGGUCUGCCCAACGUCUCGCAGCAGCUAUUUGCCAACAGACUCGCCAGCGUCUGCCCCCAAGACAAAGGAACCACUCAGGGAGAUCACAAAACAAAAGACUUCACUGCUGGGGAGCUGGGCCUGUCUGUUACAUCCCUGAAGGAGGUAGACGGCUUCCCUCUGAGGCUCUCGUCGCUGAAGUCCACCUCCUGCCAUGGCGUCUGCAAACAGGAAGUGGAGCUGGACCGCCGCAGUGUAAUCUUUUCCUCCUCAGGGGCCUGCGACCGUCUGGGCACCCCGGUGCAUUCCUAUCCCGGCGGGAACUCUUUGGAGAUGGAGCUCUCAGAGCACACGCCAAUGGGCCUGUGGGCCGGUGCCAGCCAGUCCCUUCCCAGCUCCCAGACCUACUCCCCCAGCAGUGCCCCCUCCCUCGCCUCCGCCACCACUGAGCCCCCGCCGGUCCUCUGUCGCCCGCUGCCAAACACCAGCUGCCCAGUGCCAAUCAAGGUGUGCUCGCGCUCGCCGCCCUCUGAGACCCGCACGCGGACCUCCAGCUCCUGCUCCUCCUACUCCUACGCGGAGGACGAGAGUGGCGGCUCCCCCUGCAGCCUGCCCCAGUUUGAGUUCUCCACCUCGCCGUGCUCCAACGUGGCACUCCGCCUUGCCGCCGACCAGCAGGAACAGGGCGUGAUGGGGGGGGACGCCCUCUUCAACCAGGUGCGCCCCAAAAUCAAGUGCGAGCAGUCGUACGGCACCAACUCCAGCGACGAGUCGGGAUCCUUCUCCGAGGGUGACAGCGAGUCGUGCCGAGUCGAUCAAGGCCGAGAGGUAAAACUUCCAUUCCCUGUUAAUCAAAUCACAAAUCUUCCACGGAACGACUUCCAAAUGAUGGUAAAAAUGCACAAACUGACCUCAGAGCAGCUGGAGUUCAUCCAUGAUAUCAGGCGGCGGAGUAAGAACCGCAUCGCAGCGCAGCGUUGUCGCAAGAGGAAGCUUGACUGCAUCAUGAACCUGGAGUGCGAGAUCAGAAAACUGGUGAACGAGAAGGACAAGCUGCUGGCAGAGAGGAACCAGCUGAAGGAGUGUAUGGGCGAGCUGUGGGAGAACUUCUCCUGUCUGUCCCAGGAGGUCUGCAGGGACAGGCAGCUGAGCCCGGAGCAGGUCCAGUCCCUGAACCACCACUGCCCUGUCCUGAAGCCCGGCACCAACACCACCACCACCACCACCACCACCACCACUGCCAGCAACGCUGCCUCCAACAGCAUUGACCUCAACACCCACUCCAGCUCAGCCACCCUGGAGCCCAGCUUCCUCAAGUCCUACGGGCCCUCAGAGAGUGAGCCUGAUUGGGCCAUGGGCAACGGGGCUGAUGGGGGGCCAGGUAGCAAUGAGGCGGGGGGCCAAGAGCCAAGUUUAUACAUGGAGGCGGGGCUCUCGUUCAAUGAACAGUCCAAUCAGACGGUGACGGUAGACUUCUGCCAGGAAAUGACUGAUAAAUGUACAACUGAUGAACAGCCAAGAAAGGACUGUACUUAGUAAACUGUGGUUUUAAUAUCUGUUUUUUAUUAUUUAAUUUGUAGUUUUUAUUUUCUUCUGACAAACCCCUUCCUUGGGGUUGGUGAGAUGUUCAGCCUCUACCAGUGUUCUUUAAACAACACGUUUUUUGUUUGUUUUUAUUUAUGUAUUUUUGUUGUAUUUUUAUAGGUUGACACUACAGUUGUCUUAACAGCAAUACUGUUCUCCAGGUAUUCUCCUCUCUGUAACCAUGACAGAGUAGGAACUUCCCACACAAAACUCUGCACACAAUGGUGCUCCACCUUGCCCCUGCAGGAAGCAACCUCCACAGUGGACACACUGUUCUCUAUCAAUACAGUCUACUCACAGGGAUGGGCAAAGAUCACAUCUUCAAUUCAAACCUCAAUGGACCUAACAGCAACUCUCUUUGUCUCUUGAUCUACCUACAGUUUCUAUCUCUCUGUCUCUCUCGCUAUCUCUCUUUCUAUGUCUCUCUAUUUCUCUCACUCUCCCUUUCUCUCUCUGUGUGUCUCUCUCUCACUCUCUCCUACUCUGUCUAUUUUCUAUCACUAUUUCUACAUCUUUCUCUCUAUUUCUCUAUCUUGCUAUCUUUCGUAUUCUCUCCCUCUGUCUCGUGGCCCUUGUCACAGCAAUUCAAACUCAGGAAAAUAUAUUCUGAAUGUUCAACAUGAUUAAUGAAAAUAAGAAUACAGCUUCUGUACAUGAGAGAUUUCUGAAGCAGUUAGACUGUAAAUGUUCAUAUGCAAAAAUGUCUUCUGCGUCACUCAUUUGCAGUUCCUGUACAGCAAAACGAUGUGUACAGACAGUACCUAAACAUUCCUCCUUUGCCUUGCUCAGCACUGAAACGAAAGAGAAAAACAAACGAUUUGGCAGGUGGUUCCCAAAUAGCAAUGUUCCCACACAUCAGCAAAACCAUUGUAUUUGGAUGUUGUAAUGGUAACUUCCAAGUGCUUGUCUGGGCAGAACGUAAUAACGUAUAAUGUAUAUAGUAUGGCGCAUGGUGACUGUCACAGUAAUAUUGUACAGGUAGUGGCUUAGACGUUUCUUUUUCACUGGGGUUAUAUCAAGCACCUUUUUUCUAAGGGAAAAUAUUUGCUUUGCUUUUUCCUGACUAAAGGAAAAUUCCCCAUAAGGGUGGGUGUUCUUAAACUCAGGAAAUCAGCUUGAUACACACACACACACUCACCCACACACAAACACGCACACACAGAGACACGUGCGCACACACACACACACACACACACACACACACACGGAUGUUGCUGGCGAGAACAGUGUAAAGUAUGUUAUUAACACAUCCAUUCAAACGUUGACACCUCUUUAAAUGUGAAAAAGAGUUUAGGCUUGUUGUGUUUUUGGCAAAACAUUCUUUCUUUGUAUCAGUAUUUAAAGAUGCUAUAUGUAUGAUGGUGAAACCUCUCACAGACACCCUUUGAAUUUCUUUAGUGUUAUGUUUCAAUGUUGUCAAGAAGUUUGAGAGUAGAUAUUCUGUCUGUAACAAAAAAACAUACACAAAAUAUUUAUAUUUGACUAAGGAUACAUUCUCCAAUGAAUCUGGGCUCAAGAUCAGGCACUUUCCUUCCAGCACCAGAUACUCAGUUGUAACUAGUUCUAAUAGCACUUCAUAGAGGGUCUAGGUCCGGUUCAGAGCCCUGAAAACACUGAUACUGAAGCACUUGAAUUGGCACUUCAAUUAAUACAUCUUAUUGAUAAGUUUAUAUUGAUAUAAAUAUCUCUAUGAAGACAUUAAAUUCAAAAACCUACAGCAAACAGGUUUAUUAACAAAAAGGAAGCUAACAUUAUAAUAUUUAGAGAGUGUUCAUCUUAUAUUUGUAUUUCUUUAAGAAUUGAAUAAUUUCAUUGGGACUUCAGUUCAUGUGAAAGCAUGAUAUAGUAACAUGUUUGCCCUGAUUGUACAUUUGUUGAAAACAUAAUAUUCUGUGAUGUGAAUGCAUGCUGCCUGUAUAUUUUACCUAGUUAUUUUGUCUAGCUUGUGUUUGCUUCUAACGAUAGUCCUCAACUAAAUUAUUUAGUCUAUCUUUUGAUGAACAAUAUUUACAUUUAUAACGUAAAUAUACAGAAAUAAUACUCGUAUCUGUUUAACAGGGAUGUGCUUGAAAAUACAAAACAUGAGAAAUAGAGCCAGAACCUAUGAAGAGGAGUGAAUUCAAUUGGAAUAGAAAGCUUUACUCAUAACCUUAACUUAAUUUAGGAUGAAAAGCUAUACAGUGUCAGAAAGAUAAUAUACACUUUGAUGACUGUCUGCAAAUUCUCCUUGGCGUUACCCGGCUGCCCUCUCUUGGACACAGUUGUGUAGUAGUCUAGUCUUGACUGAUAUCAAAUGCUGUUGUGAUAUUAGAGUGCAGCUUUGUAGAGUAUGUCUGUGUUUCGCAGUGUGCUAGUCUGAUUAUUUGACCAUAUAAUUAUUUCCCUAAGAUUUUAGUUAGACCCGUAUACAGUCAUACACAGACAACCACAAACAUGCACACAAAUAUAAAUACACACACGAUACAUGUCCAAUGGCAUUCUUAUGUAAAGAAGGAUUGAGUCUAGAGCAGUUGUAAUUGUUGUUUGUGAGGUUCUUCUUCCACUUUGGCUUUUCUCUGAUUCAUAUGCUAUCACUGAAGUGGAACAAUAUCCAUCAGUCUCCAUUAUCAGGUACAAAACAGGAAACACAUUUGUCAAACCACAUGCAGUUCCUACCCAAUAAAUGUACUUUUUCUUUCUAGUUUUUGAAGUAAAAGUGUAAAGCAUAACGUUCCACCAGAAAAACCCACUCUCAUUAGGCUAAACUUUGACAAAUGUCUAAUUUGGGGGAAAAUGUAUUGAAAUUCAUAAAGUUGAUAUUGUCCUCGGCCCAUCAAAGCUAUACCAAUAGAUAUCACUCAAUAUCUGUUUUUAGAUGUCUUUAUAAUUAUAUUAUGAUUAAUAUUGAUGUUGUUCUUUGGAUAGCAAUGAGUGCAUAGCAUAUUUCUGGUUUGUACUGUACGCAACAUUUACAAUUCCUCAUAAUUGUUUAUUCUCUAGCUAGAGCCCCUAGAUUGAUAUCCAGUAAAGGUUGGUUGGUGGAUGCAGAUAGAGACCCACUGGGCACAGACAUCAUUUCAAAGUCUAGUUUUGAUAUACAUUUGGUUGAGUUGUCAACUAACGUAAAUUCAAUGUGAAAUCAACAGCAAAAAAAUCACCAUGUCAUUAGAGUUCGGUUAAUUAUGGAAUUAACUUUAUGUUUAUGACUUUUUGCAAAUCCAAUUAGUUUUCAUCGUUGAUUCACCGUCAUCACAUUCAAUUGUUUUGUUGAAAUGAUUUGGAAACAACGUUGAUGCAACCAGUUUUUACCCAGUGGGAGGUGGUACAAAGUAAUGAGGGGUUUUUAAUGUAGCUCCUUCCUCCGGUCAAUUGCCAGUCCAGACCUCUUAGCCGUCUAGUCCUGAGAGAGCUACUCCAUGCUUGCUAUGCUAUAUGGGGUGUUACUAUUGGGACCAGUGGUUGAAAGUAGUACAUGGUCGGGUCACCUCUACAGUCACCUCAAGCAUUACAGGUCAUAUAAGCUUGUUGUGUGUCAUCAUCUCAUUCACAGAGAUUCGUCUGGUUGACCUAAACCAGGACUAGUCAUUGCUCUCGUAUAUCGUCUCAGGGUGCCAAGCGUUUUAUUUCUCAAUUUCUGAAUCUGGAGCAGACUUUUGUACUUUAGCUGGUUUUUGGCUUUGUUUGAGUGUCUGAAAGUAUAGCUCACUUCUAUCCUCUUGUUUUAUACUCCCGAAGCUAAUUUCUACAAUUACAAAUACGGAAUAAUAAUCUUUGCACAAUACAGAUCAAACUCAUUAAGAGCUGCAUUAAGAGAGAGUACUCAAUACAUUGGAGUAAAACACAUAUAUAAUUGAAUUAUGUUUUGGUAGUAAAUACAAUAAUUUCUUAGAUUUCUCUCAAGUUCCUUACCUCUGCAGUUUUUUACAAGCCAAAACUCAAACAAAAGGUAAUGUUAUUUGAUUUGUUAACUGGCUAUGGUAAUUAGUUGGUGGAUAUUUGUUGCAAAGCUAGGUGCGUUGAAUGCAUUAUCUUUUUGAGAGGCUUUUUUUUGUGCUGCUUCUCUGAAAGAAAACAAAAACACUGUCUCUCCAACUCCAAAGGUUGUUCUUUUGAAAAGAUGAACAAAACUUGCCUUUUUCACAAAUUGCUCAACUUUAUAAUACAAUAUACUGGUAUCCUGAUUGAAUGCACAGGCUGAGAUCAUUUUAGGAGUAAAAGAAAAGUUUGAUAUGUUUACAAAACGGUGUCACAUGUCAUGAUGUGUUUAUUACAUUUGCGAUGUAAGUAGAAAUUGCUAGGUUAAAAUGGGACUGAUGGUUAGUGUUUUUACAUCUAUAAACAAAAAAUGAUGCGUUUCCUCAACUUUUCUUUUCAUAGAACUGGGGAUGUUUCAGAGUUACAUGGAUACAAGUGCACCUCCAAUUUUUGCCUUAGAACUUGCAGAGGCUUACGCCCCCCAUCCCUGAGUCACCACCAGUGCAGACCUUCUCACACUUAUCUACCUGUGAAAUCCUUCAUACCUCUCAUUACUGGUCAAUGACUGUAUCAGCAAACUUCAUCAGGUGUUUUUUCUACAUGCUUUUUACACAGAUUAUAUGGAUUAUUGUAUUAGUAGAUUUUGGUGCAUCAUUUUUUAUGUAAUAUAGCUCUUAAACUUGUAGUCACAAAGUAGUUUUUCUCUCGUUUUUCUAGAAGACAGUUUUUUGUUAAUAUUGUCAAUUUGAAAUAGCUGUUAUUUGCUUAUUCUCUACUAAGAGUCCUUAACUUUUUAAUUUUUAAAUGCUACACGACCCUAAUUAAUUAAAAUGACUUAAUAACCAUUGUAAAUACGGUAUUGUGCAAACCCCAUUUUCAUUCAUUUCAAUUGCUAGUGUUAUAUAAAUGACAUUUUUGUCUAGACACCAUUUCUGUUUAUGAAAUAAAGAAAC